AUGUCACACAACCCAUCAGAACUACCACCUUACUCAGAAAAGCACGAUUCUGAAGAAAAGUCCACACCUACUAGUAUUCAAACUACAACCAACCGAAUCGCAGGCACAAUAAACACGUGCUCAGUUAAGGAUGGCCAGGUAGACUAUUUCACGGUCGUCCGUGAUUCUCCAACGAGCUAUCACGUUUCUCUAACAAUCGAUCCCACCCCCAUAUACCGCAUCGAGCUCGUGUCAGAUUCCACCAAGCUAGGCGACAUCCAAGUGUUCCCAGCUAAUGACCCCAAUCUUCCCGCCAUCGCAGCCGCGCGACUAUCCACCAAUCCUAAGAAGAGUAAGACCGAACCAGCAGCUACAACAUGUGUCUCCUCACCUCACGAUCCUAACUCGACCUGGUGGCCGUUAACCCGCAGUAGCACUGUCUUACUCACCGGCAUCGUUUCACCAAUUCCGAUCAUCACGGUUCCGGGUAGAGCAGCUAUAACACAUAAUUUCUCGUGGGAGAUCUCUUCAGAACCGAUAUAUCGACUGUGGUGGUGUGGACAACUUCCUUUUGUGCCGAAAUCGGGCUUCGUACAUGUUCCAAGGGGGCCGGAGUACCAAUUCGCGGCGAUGACGCGGAAAAGUGCUGCGGGUGGAGAGAAUAUUUUAGAGAUUAGGAGAGGUGGGGGGUUGGAUUUUGAGUUGACUGUUUUGUUGCACUUUUUUGUGCUUGUUCAUAUGGAGAAGGGUCAGUUACUCUAG